AUGAACCCAGGAGCAGAACGGGAGACCCGCCACCGCCGCCCUGGAUCACGACAUAUGUGCCUCAGCCAUCGCCCCUGUAUGCCAAGGUCCCGAUCUGGGUUUUCCCCGUGCAGUUCCCGUCGGAUCCAGCCGGUUCCCGCCGACCCCGUCGCCCGACCUCCCGUGUCACCGUCCUCUGCUCCAGCAGACUCCUGCCGCUGCUUCUGUUCGACAGGUAACGAGCAGCAACAGCUCGCUCGGCUGUUGACCGCGCCGCGCCAUCGCCUCGCGCGUUGCUGCACCCAGGUGGAUCCCCGUGCCCAAGCCGUCGCUGCUCAGGCUAGUGCCAAGUACAGCCAUGUCACCAUCGGCCAGGAUCUCCGAGUACGUGCCGCCCCAAGCCACCUCGUUGCCGGGAAUGGAACCCCCGGUACCGAAGCUUUUGAACCCCGCCAUUUUUCGUGCCGCCGGACCUCAUCCCCAGGCCGAUUCCGCCAUGGCUUCCCCUGCAUCCCGACCUGCAACAAAGGUGUUCAUGUUCAGUUUCGUCAGGUUCGCGACAAGUUUUAA